AUAUACAAAAAUUCUUUCCUCUGCGAUGAGGCAUCUGAAGUUUGUGCUGAUACUGUUGAUCGCCGCCACCGACCUGUGGGAGUGCGCGGACGCCAAGUGGGGCGAUAAGGGCGAGCUGAGUCCGCGCAGGCGGAGAUGCUACGACGGAAGUCUGCCGAGGCGCCUGAAGAAGAAGGAGCGCAAAGUGGCCGCCGGCGGGGGUGGUAGUGGCGGCGGCGGCGACGGGGACGUGUGCUCCGCGCUCUACCCGCGCGCCUCGUGCUGCCCGACCCGCAGAGUCCCGCACCGAACAGACCCCACGAUAUUUUCCUCCAAUAACACGGAGUGUUCCAGACUGCUGGAGGAGAUCAAGUGUGCCCGAUGCUCACCAAAUGCCCAGAUGCUCUUCCACUUAUCCGAACAAGAGCCGGCACGGCACCGUGAACCAGACCUGCCACGUCUUUGCCUGGACUACUGCCAAGAGUUCUACUACACCUGUAGGGGACACAUACCAGAGCUCUUCCAAGCCGAUGUAGACGAAUUCUGCCAGUACUACGGGCGGAGGAAUGGGGGCCUAUGCUUUCCCGAUUUUCACCGAAAGCUACUGCGUGGGCAGGACUCCAACUACCUGGGUGAUGAAAGAAUAGAAGUAACCAACAGGAAGCAUAAGCACAACUGCUACUGUGCUCAGGAGAUCUUGAGUGGGCUACGGCAGCCCGUGGCCGUGGUGCAUUGUGGGGAUGGAUCACAGCGCCUCUUCAUCGUGGAGAAGGAAGGCUUUGUCCGCAUCCUCACUCAUGAUAUGGAGCUUCUUAAAGAGCCGUACCUGGACAUCCACAAACUAGUGCAAACUGGGAUCAAGGGAGGAGAUGAAAGGGGCUUGCUAAGCCUGGCAUUCCACCCCAAUUAUAAGAAAAACGGCAAGCUCUACGUCUCCUACACGACGAACCAGGAGCGCUGGGCAAUCGGCCCUCAUGAUCACAUUCUUCGUGUGGCCGAGUAUACAGUGUCCAGGAAAAACCCCAACCAGGUGGACACUAGGACCUUUCGAGUCUUAAUGGAGGUGGCCGAGCUCCACAGGAAGCACUUGGGUGGGCAGCUGCUCUUCGGACCUAAUGGACUUUUGCAUAUCUUUCUUGGAGAUGGGAUGAUCACUCUGGAUGAUAUGGAGGAGAUGGAUGGAUUGAGUGACUUUACUGGAUCGGUCCUGAGGGUAGAUGUCGACACAGAUCAGUGCUCCACUCCCUAUGUCAUUCCAGGGGACAACCCAUACUUCAACAGCACCAAUCAACCACCAGAAAUCUUUGCCCAUGGUCUGCAUGAUCCUGGCAGGUGUGCAGUGGAUAAACUUCGCAUGGACACCAAUGGGAGCCUCCUGAUCUUGUGUACUGAUACGGCUGGAAGAAACACAACAACAGGAAGGAUCCUGCAGAUCAGAAAAGGGAAAGAUUAUGAAAAUAAACCAUCCAUUUAUGACUUGGAGGCUAAUGGUGGUGCACUCCCAGUUGGUGGAUUCAUCUACAGAGGCUGUCAAUCAAGAAGACUUUAUGGAAGUUAUGUUUUUGGUGACAAAAAUGGAAAAUUAAGAAUACUACAGAGAUCUGCCGAGGACCGACCAUGGCAGGAGAAGCCAUUCUGCCUUGGAAGUAGCAGUUCUUGUGGUUCCACACUAGUUGGCCAAAUCCUUGGUUUUGGAGAGGAUGAAAUAGGUGAGGUCUACAUCUUGGCAUCCAGCAAAAGCUUAACCAUGCAGUCACACAGUGGGAGGCUUUACAAGCUGGUGGACCCUAAAAGGCCUCAGGUACCUAAGGAAUGCAGAAGGCCAGUAGAAACCCCAGAGAUGCUGAGCAGCUCCUGUUCUCGGGAAUGCAGAAAUGGCCACUGCACUCCCACCGGAAAAUGUUGCUGCAACAGUGGCUGGGAGGGUCCUUUCUGCUUAAGAGCCAAGUGCGAACCUGCUUGCCGAAAUGGUGGCGUCUGCAUUGAACCCAAUAAGUGCUUCUGUAAGGAAGGCUACUCCGGGGCGCAGUGCGAGAAAGGAGAACGAGGCGUUCAAGAGGAACGGGACAAAGAUGGCAUUUUGGAUCACAUCAUUGACAUGACAUCAUAUCUGCUGGACCUCACCAGUUACAUCGUCUAGAAAAAAGCACAGAGAAGGCGGAACUUUAAGGAGGCGUUUUUGAGGGUUUGCAUUCAGGACACCAUCACCCCCAAUCUCCAACUGCAUCCCAUCUUCAUUACCAUAAUCAUCACUGACUGCCCUUGGGGUGGACCAUCAUUGGUCAACUAACGCUGGUAUUUGCUGCAAAAAUUUGGUUGAUGCAUUCAAAUUCCUGUUGCUUGGGUAAACCACGUGGACUCAUCCUGACAUUUAGCAGGGUUUUUUUUUUUUUAAUUAAAUUAUUGACAAAGAUCCCACACUGAGAUUCAGUGCAAAUAACCUUGGUUCAGAAUUAUAUAUGCAUAUUUUGCUCCACAUUUCUGAUAUACAAGCACUGUCCUAUGCGUCGCGCUACACAUUCAUAUACACAUAGUGAUACAAGCGGGCGUCCAAACGAAGCCUUUACACGAUGCUAAGAAUCCAGCACUCAGUGCUUUAGCUAUUUCUUUGCUGUGUAUAUUUCAGGACUCAGCCCUAAUUCCUGCUUCUAAGGUUUGCCAUUGAAAAGGGACCCUUCAGAUGCAUUAAAUCUCUGGACUCACAAUCUGUUUGGACAGUCUGUAGAAAAACCUGCACUUGGCCAUUAAAAUGUGCAACCAAUGAAGACAAAUCUACAAAAUCAAGCCCUAUAAUCAAGACUCACUAUGGGAAAUCAAAUGGACAGUCUACCUGACUGAAACUCAACCACCGGAAGUUACGACGGCCCUGGAUCCAUUAACUUCAGACCAAAGGCUUAGCCAAAUAACCAAUAUGAUAAAAGAAACAGAAUGUUGUAUCUAUUCUGAUUAAUCUUAGUUUAUCCCACUUAUCAUCAAGAUAAAAAUAAAUAAAUAAAUAAAUAAAUAAAUAAAUAAAUAAAUAAAGAAAGAACUGGUGAUGAUACAUAAUGCUAGUGUAAUUCCAGUAAUAUUCACACUCACUUGGGACUUAAUGCCAGUUUGGCCUAGGCCAUUAACAACUCUUAGGAGUAAAAAAAUCAAUUCAAACCUGACUUUUGCAAUCAGUGCGUAGAUUGUGUAACGAUAGCAAGUUGCAAAUCAAGAAUGUUUUUUUUUUCUCAACAGUCACUUUGAUUCCGAUAUUUUCUACCGAUAUUCUUCAUGACCAUGCACGCUGCUUUUAAUAUAAAUAAUGUACCAUAGAUUUACAUACAAUUCAUUAGGGUUGUGUAUGUUUCCUUGUUCCUGUUUGAACAAACAAGCUAGCUUUCUAUAAAUCUUGUAUGGAAAACCAUUUUCACAGCAGUAUUUGUUUGAGCUAGUUUCACUGCCAUGACUAUAAAAAACUUUAUUAAUUAUUAUUAAUUCAUUUCCAUUAUUUCACUGGGAUCUUUUUUAUUAUUCGUCAAAGAUCCAUGUGUCUUUUUUAUUUAUUUUUUUUUCAAUCACUGAAUGGUCUUCAUUUAACAGUGUCAAAAGGGAACAAGCAUAGUGCUGUACAUUUCUAAUAGUACUGUACUAAGAUAAUUACUACAUAGCUUUUGCAAAGUAAUAUAGUAAUACUUUUGUUUCAAUAGAGGAAGGUUUAUUUUUCUAAGCGUAAUAAUAUAUGACAGGAGAAAGUAUUACUAGAGAGCAGUUUUACAUUAAGCCUAUGGAUUUACAUUGUGUAUUUUCUCGCAAAAGAAAUCCAUAUUUCUUUUUUACACAUAGAAAAAAAGCUAUCGUAAACGCAUCCGGGUUUCUCUAUAUUGUGCAUAGCCUUUUGAUUCAAUCCUGAGAUUAUUAGAAGACAUUUAUCUCUUUAAAAAAAAAAAAGGUUGAUUUAACAUGGGUAAAUGAUGCAAGUCAGUGUUUUUCUUUCGAUAAUGGCCCAUUGUACUGAAGAUGUUGAAAACAAAAAGAGGCCUAAAGGCAGAAAGAGAAGAAUGUGUAAUCAUAUACUCGAGGCAUGAGUCACCAAUAAAACGAAUGAUCCUGCCAAUGGAGCAUUCCACAUUGCAAAACACUGUGUGAUUAUCCUGACUGAUUAGAGAUUUCCCUCCACCGCAAGCUGAUGACGUAAACAGAUUUGACGCUUAUAUAAUACAGCAAACUCGAGUUUUAUACUUAUGUGAUGCACAAAAUGUGUUUUAUGUCUGCUUCUUAAAUUCGCCAUAAACAUCCUAGACUUUUUCGAUUUUGUACACUAAUUCCGAGCACCACUUGUGUAGUCAGUUGGACUCCAAAAAAACAUCCAAAGAGCUGGAGAUUUCCUCUACUCCAUUUACUCUGUGAAACAUUCACCCCCCGAAUAUGUUUUCAUAAAUCAGGAUCGUGUGUUAUUUAGUACUACGUAUUAUUAAACCCCCUAUUGUUUUUUUCUUCUCUCACUGCUCCUGAGAGCAUUUUCGUUCUUUCUUUUUUUUUUUUUCGAAGAAGUAACACUAACGACGAUUUGUUAUCCUCGAUGUGAAACCGACUUCAUUGCUUUCCGUAAAAAAAAAAAAAAAAAAAAAAUGUAAGGAAUCCAUGCUGUAAGUCUAUUCUGUAAUAUUAGCACUUAAUGUGAAACUUGCAUUGGAGCUGCUGGGAAGGUGUCAUGUGAAUAGAGUAACCCUUUUUUCCGGUUUGUUUUUACUUCAUUAUUUAAGUAGUUAUGCCAUAAAGUUAUUUAAGCUGUCUGCAAUGUUUGUUCUGUUUCAUGUAAAGAUUUUGCUCAUGUAUUGUAAAUAAAACUAGGGCUAUCUUG